AUGGACACGGACAGGAAGCGAGUGCUAGAGCUUGCAGAGCAGGGUGAUUGGGAUAAGAUGCGACUUCUUGUAGCAUUCAAUUCGACGCUUGCGCAAGCUCGAGACAACUUUGGUAUGUUGCCGCUGCACUGGGCAUGUACAGAGCCGUCAGUGGAUCUUAGCAUCAUCUCGAUGCUCACACAUGCAUUCCCAGAGGCAUGCAAGCUGGCGAAUCUCUCAGGCAUGCUGCCGCUACAUGUGGCCAUCCAGACAAAGGCGCCCGGACUGCUAAUCAGCGCAUUAUUGGACGUGUACCCGCAGGCGGCGUAUGCAAAAGACGGCAACGGACGCUACCCCGUUGACAUGGCCAUUACCAACAACUUACCGAGCUACACUAUCAAUCUCAUCCGCAAUGCUGCCUUGCAGGCUCUGCAGUCCGCUUCCAAGCUGCAGAUGUUGUCCAUGAACGGCCGUAUGUCGGGUGUAGACAGUAGCGAAAUCAACUAG